CUUUCCGAACAAUAUUUCGAUUUCAUUUUCAGUUCUGUUCCCAACUGUUAUAUUUUGCUAUUCUGUUCGUUAUGUACCGUUAAAAAAUCGUUCGUCAAAUGUUAUAUAUUGGCUCAUAAAAUCAAAAUCGAAUAUAGAGUACAAGUCUGCAUUUAUCAUAGUACAUUAAACGCAAGCUUGCGUUGCAUUUUAAAACUUUACUACUGCUCAAACUUGUGUACAAUUCAUGACUACUUGUUGGAUCUAUAGAUUUAAAAAUUUGUGAAUUUAUUGGCAUUUUCCGUAGUGCUUAAAUUUGACGAUCGACAGAAAUUUCGUUUUAAAAGAGAAACAUGUAUUGAUUUAUUUAAUUGAAAUGGACUGUGCGUGUGGAAUUCUUGUAAUAAUGUUCCGGUUAGAAUCUGCAAAGGUGGAAAGACGGCACUGGUGGAACUAUAUUCGCGAUGGCGUAGUAUCAUUUGUCAGAUGGCGUGCUGCGGUCGAUCGAGCGAGAGCGAGCGCUGUCGGCGGCACCGAGGCCGAGUUAAACGGGCCAGAUCGCAGAUGGACGUCCGCGGGAGCGUUCUGUCAUGGAGAGCACAACGCGACGUGUCGUAAGUGUGCUUGAGUGUCGUCAUCGUCGUGGUCGUUGCCGCAGUCGUCGCGUGUGUAGUAUUCCGGGAUUAUCGCAGUGACAGUCGACGGAGAUAGGCGUGCGCAAGGAUCGUGGUGCUGUUGGUGCUACUAUCGAUAUAUAUAUCGUGAACUGUGGCAGUCGAAUAAUUACAUACAUCGCAGCCACGUCCGUACGUACCGAAGGCGUAUUCAUCUCGCCUCCUAAAAAAAAGUGCUCUUCGAUCGAUCGAACAAUCGUACGCACGUGCGUUCGAUUCGUCGCGCAAUCGAUAGAUCGGUAAACGGUGCAGUGACAUGUUAACUACGGUGCGUGCCAGUGUGUCUAUUAAUAGAACCGUGUGAUUCGGAGUGCCGCGAAUAACCCACGUGCUCCAUCGAACAAGGGAACGAUAUAUAUCGAGCUUGUCAACAAACGAUUCGACCGCAACAGGCAAACGGAGUGGAGAGAACACUCGUCACCUGCUAUCGGAAUCGUUCGGACGUUUUCGUCGAACCGAAUCAACGUCGACGACGUAACUCGUGCGUUUCCCCGUGACAUCGUAAACACGCACUCGUAUACGGUAUUACGAAAUUGAAACGAACCGGGCACGGUCGUGCUUCGUUGGUAAACAAACACAUCGAGCAGGCUUGGUAUCACAACAUUUUUUCCCUCGACACGAACGUAACACCGCGAGCGAAUCACACUUUGCCCUUCAAGCGAGCGAAGCUUCGAUCACAUCGUGGGAUCUUGAUCGUGUCACGAAGCCGGUAUCACGGUGCAAGAGAUCGCGGCUGUUCGAGAGUGAACGUAUCGUUGGAUAAGCGUUAUCCUCGCCCUCUCUCUCUCGAAUACGAAAUCCUGUUAACUCGAUCCGUUAACGUAACGGACACGCGGAGAAGUGGCUGACCGGAGUACGGUAGUGCGUCUGCGCGUAAACGAAAUAUUUACGCGCGCUAAUAUAAAACUCUGCGCAUGCGCGUGCAGCGUGUAUCAACGACGAAAGUCGAAUCUCGUAUCAGCCAGAACGAGAUCGUCGCUAGUUAACGGUGGAAAAGGGGAAAAAAAGAGGGCGAGAGACGAACGAUGCUGCUGUCCGGUCGUCGCGGUUAAUUCGCACGUGUCGCGAUGUCGGGCGGCACGGCGGGCGUCCGUGGCACCGGCGCCGAGUGCAGGAAGUUCGCGCCGAACAUAUUCAACAAGAGCAAGUGCAGCAGCUGCUUCAAGCAGAAGGAGGAGCACAGCGCGGAGGCUCUGGAAUGCAACAGGGCAACAAGAAAGAUUUCGAAAUGCGGGUACCUGUUCGUCGCCCCGGGCUGGGACUUCUCGAAUCCUCUGAACCGGACGAAGAGAUGGCAAAGAAGAUGGUUCGUGCUGUACGACGACGGAGAGCUGACGUACUCGGUAGACGAACACCCGGAAACGGUGCCUCAAGCGAGAAUCGACAUGACCCGGGUGCUGGAGGUCGCCGCUGCCGAGGACAUCACCGGACAUCCUUACAGCCUCGCCAUCACCUCGCCCGAAGGAGUUACCUUCGUCAAAGGCACGUGCCGUGAAGAAACUAGGUGGUGGGCCGAUGUUCUUCAGGUUUACUCGAGGAAUAAGGGUCGACAUAAGCGGAAUGCCACGUUCCCUGGUGGACAGACUACCAUUCUUCAGGUUACUCCGACGAUUAGAAGCAACACCCCGAAUCCCCCGCGGCCGCGAUUCAACAGCUGUCGCUCCGAGCCCCGAAGCAACACGUGGAUCCCCGAAUCGAACGUCUCGUCGGAUCUGUGCUCGUCCGUUUUCUCCUCGACGCCAUCUCUGGUGACGAACAGCGUGGUGACAACUGCCAGCAGCGGGAACAUGAGCAACGGUAACACGGAACCGAGCAACGAUCACCGACUGGGGAACUCGUCUCCCUUGAGGACCAGCACGCCUCUGGAGAACGGCUCCAGUUACCUGUCUUCCGUCUCCUCGAGCUCCCCCAUGAACGGAAGCGUGUCGAGCACCGUGUACUCCACCACGUCGACGAUGUCCACUUCCACGAUGUCUGGGAGCUCGUCGUUGACGGAGAAGCCGCCGAUCGUACCCAACGAGGGUAGGUCGAGCUAUAGGGAUCAGCCGGCUAGCAGCGCGUCCCCUCCUACCAGGGACAAACUCAGAGCCGAGGACAAGGCCAGGCGUAGGAUGAAUCAGCAUGGGGAACGAACGAGUAUCGGCACCGGGACCGCCUGCUCUACAGAGAAACUAGACGACGACCCCUGUCGAAGAAUCCUCCUGGAGCACGAGAGGGAAAGGGAAGGAAAACUGCGAGACAUCGCUGCCUCUUUGACCCAGCCACGUGCUCGAAGGAUCAAGCCUAGAACGUCCGAGCCAACCAGAGACGUGGUCGAUGCAGCUAACGCGGCUUACCAGGACAAGUUCAUCAGAGGAGAUCCCGACGGCUGCGGUCUAGACAUUUCAGGAAUCAGGUACUCGCCUACUUCGGAGCUGAGGGUAGACCUGCCCGCCGAGGAUUUGUUGAACAUCAAGAAAGGCUGGUUGAUGAAGCAGGCUCUGAACAAGGAAUGGAACAAGCACUGGUUCGUACUGCGCGGUUGCGGCCUCAUGUACUACCGGGAUCCUUGCGCGGAAGAUAAGGGUAUCAUGGACGGCGUGAUAGAUCUGAAUACCGUUACCGCAGUUACGCCCCUUCAGGUCGCAAGAAAUUAUGGAUUCCAGACUGUGGCGUGGGACGAUCGAGGGUCCACCGUGCUGUCCGCGGUGACGGCCGGGAUACGAGAUAGCUGGAUGACUGCUAUUCGAAGGGCUGCCAAUUUGCCCGAUCCGGAUAGCAACGCUGAUCUAACGGUUUGCCAGGACAGUCAGCAGGAUAACACUCCGCAGUCACCUACCGCAUCCAUCACAGAUCGCGAAAGGGACUCUGUCGUUCCUUCCACCUCGGUUACGCCUCGUUCGGUCCUGUUCUCCUCCGACGAGGAGUACAGAACAGCAUCGGAAGGUGGCAGAAGAGAAUCCGGCGACUGGUCGGAAGUGCCCGUCUCGCCGCCAUUAGUGAGAAACGGAGAUUGGCCGAGUGGGUUGAAAAGUUCGAGCUGGUCAGAUUCCGCGAACCACGAAUGGUCGGAGCUUCCUCCGUCGCCUCCGCUGACGAGAACCGCGUUAUCGCGAGUGAAAGCUCGAUCCAGAUCGAGCUCGAGGUCCAGGGUGUACAAGAGAAGCCGCAGUUCUCCUCCGAGUUCCAGAAGAAGUACCCUGGACAGUGUGAGAUCGGAGGAUCUGAUGAUGGCCUGCUGCGAGCUCGGAGAGGACGAGGAGCAGCCCAAUGGUCAUCUGCAGAGCAACAGUUGUUUGUCGAGCGCCAACGAAAGUCCAUUGAUCGUCGAGUUGUUGGAGAACCAGGUGUCUUUGCUGCGAGAUCAGCUGGAUCACAAUGAAGCUCACCCAAGCACGCUACUAGUCAUUAUCGAGCGUCAGGAGAACGAGAUCGAGAGUCUGAAGUCUCAGCUGAACACCGCGCGAGCCGACGUCGCUAGCGCUGAGAAGGAGCUGUCCAGGUUGAGACAGCAGAAGGCUGAGGCCUCCAUCAGGGAGAAACAGGUGGAAGAGUUGUUAGGUACGAUCCAGAGGACGGAACAGCAGAGGAGCAAGGACAUGGAUGACCUGGAGAAGAUGAAGAAGAUAUACAAUAGGGAUAAGGAAAUGUUGGAGUGUAAGUUAUUGGAGACGGAAGCCAUCCUCAGGGAGACCAGCGAGCGGUGUGAAAUGCUCUCGAAAGAACUGGCGUCGAGUCAUAGGACCGUCGAACAUCUGCAGGCAGAAAUUGCUUCCUUGAGCAACAGAUUGUCGCAAGGAAUCGAGGAGAACGACCGUUUGUACUCCAAGGUUAGAGAGUUGGAAGAGAAGGGAGGGCUAUCGGCUUCGAGGGAGCGUGGAAGGAGCUUCGAUUCGCUCAGCGACUUGACGAACAUCGAGCUGGAUCUGGAUUUAAAUGCGCUGGAUAAAGAAAGAAUAAUGGAGGAGUACGACGAGCUCCGAAGUCGUUUCGAGAAAGCCAUCCAAGAGAUCCGGGCGAUGCGCAAAGAGCUUCGGGAAGCGCACGCGAUGCAGGACGCGUUGGAACUGGAGAUUUUUGCGCACAAGCAGGACGCGGCCAGCGUUAGCGAAACGAACCAAGCUCAAAUUCAGUUAAUGGCGGCGAGGAUCCAAGACCUGACGAACAAGCUAGCUGCCAGCGAGAAGCAAGUAAGAACGCUGAAGCAGAAGCUGACCAAAGCCGAGAGCAGGGACAAGAGGAGAUCGCUGUCGUUAAAGGGUCGCGAGUCGUUUCAAAUCUCCCAGGAGAUGGAAGACAAGUUGCUGGACCUGGAGAACAAAAUCUGCGCGAUCGAACGCGGUAAGAGCAUCGGUACGCCCGUGUCAACCGGUAGCAGCUCGAAGGAGUCGAGUCCUAAUCCAAAGAAAGAGAAGAGGAGAGAUAGCAAGAACCUGGAUCGUACCAGGUUGAGAAGGAAGUCGUUAGAUAGCGCGACCAGCUCUGAACCAAUGAAGGUGUUGAUAAGAUUGAGUACGCUGGAGACCAAGGUGGCAAACGUGACGGAGAAUAUGGCCAGCGACGCGGAGAAGGAUUCUAGCGAGUGCAGCGAAGUGAGCGGAUCAUCCACUAGCGAAGUGUCGCUGGAGAUCAUUGCGAGGCUAAGAAAAUUGGAGAGGGUGGUAUCGAAGUCGAAGAGGAGGCUGGAGAAGUGUUUAGGUUCGACGCAGGCGGAGGACAAAGCGGAAAAGUGUUUGCGCGAGGUGAACGAUAUCCUGGACUCGUGUUUAGAAUGUAAGAAAAAUCAAGCUAGCGCUCAAGCGACCGAGUCAGUAGGCGUAGUGGUAUCUAGACUAGAGACUAUACUUAAAGAUAAAUUCACCGAGCUCACGAAGAGACGGCAGACGCUGGCGCAGAACGGUGAACUGGACGACAGAGAGAAGAUGAAGCUGAUCGCCGAGAGGGUGGCGUUCGAGUUUAUCGUUCUGAGGCAGAUCAAGCGAGCGAUCGGUCGCACGUACGAUAGAAGUGCCGUUCUCAGUGAAUUGGUCGAAACUAGUCAGCUUGCCUCAAGCUUAAUGCGUAAGAUUCAUGGAACUAAGCCCAAAACGUACCAAAACACCAGUUACAUUCAGUAUCUUACUAAAGUGUUAGCAAAUAAGUUAGUACUAGUAGGCGGCGUGAACGCGACAGAAACGUCCAAGGAGGUUUCCGCUGCUCGCAGCGAGAGUUUGAACUUCUUGCUGCAGAAGCAACGCGAAGUCAACGAGACCGUGCGGCGAUACAAGGAGACGAAACUGAGGCAGCUAGCCGAGGCUUUGGCCGUUGAAACGUUGAGCAUGUCGGACAAGGAGGACCUUGGCAAACAACAGGCGAGCAAUUCUAGCAAGAAGUUGUUGGAAGAUCGGCGAAUUCGCGAGGCGUGGGCAUUGGCUCAGGAGACGGUCAGCAAAGAGUUGGUGCAAGCGGAAGUGUCUCACGUGAUCAUGCGUUGCGGUCAGAUGUACGAACAGAACGUCACCAGCAUCACCGACGUCUGCCUCAAUUUCGACGGUGCGGAAAACAUCACGUUGGAAUCUUGGAUAGACGCGACGCAAGCGAGACUGCGACAAGAAAUCGAACUAUCCACGCGCGAGCUGUCGGACGCGUACGAGGAGUGUCUUCGUUUGUUGAAGAGGAACAAGUCAACGGUGGAAACGAAGUACGAGUCUCGGCAGUUGUUGACGGACUACGCAGACGUGAUCGCACACAAAGCUUUAAUCGAUGCCAGAAUCGGCCUUCUUCAGGAGAACACGAAACAGUUAACAAGCUAUCCUGGAGAGACUUUCGUAUCUAGUCUAAUCCGAAACGACGACCUUCUUUCCUGUCUAUUCGCGGACGAUCACGAUUUCCAAAGCAAUCCGAUUCUCGACGCCGAGUACAGUUACCUUUAUCAACAAUUUAGCAAGGAGUGCGAGGAGAGGAUAUCCGGGAAGCGUGGCUCGAAAGAGCAGCUGAAGAACGUUGGUCAGAGUUUGCUCAGCUUAGAGGAGGAUCUGAUGGAGCUGAGCAAACGCGUCAGAGAGAAGUCGUGCGAGAACGCUGACGGCAUCGUCUGGCCCAAAUCGCCAGCCGUCUCGGACUGGUCGAACGUUUGCGAGAAGUGUUCGCAGCUGCGCGAGCAAAUCAAGAAGCUGAGCGAGUACAUGAAUCGUAUAACUUGCAAACAAUGCGAACAGUUGCAGGAGACCAUUCAGAGGAUAACCGCGGAGCACAACGAAGAAUUGGAAACUCUGAAGCGCAACCAGGAACGGGAUCUGAUGGACAUUAAGGGAGAAUUGGAUAACCAGAGGCAAUCUUUGACCUCUCAGUACGAGCAGGAGGCUGCUAGUCUGCGAGAAAAGGCGAGGAAGUUGGAAUACAGAUUGAACGCCAUGGAUUCCGAGCACUCUGCUCACGUGAACGAACUGAGAGCCGCUUAUCAAAGAUCCAUGAGCGCGGAGUUGGACACCGACGCGGAAACGAGGAAGAGGUACAAGGAGGAGAUCAAACAGCUGCGAGCACUGUGCGAGAAAGGAUUGCUGGCGAUGGAAAACUCUCACAGACGCAUCAUCUCCGAAAUGGAGGAGAAACAUCGGCAGGAACUGGAGAAUCUGAGGGUGGAGAAAGAGCAGGCGUUGUCAGAGGAGACCCAAGCUACUCUGGCAGCGUUGGAUGCCAUGAGAAAAGCACACGAACACGAGGUGCAGAAGGAGAUAGCCAAGUUCAAGCAAGAGUUCAUCAAACAGAUGCAAGCACGCGAAGACAUUGGCGUGCUUCACAAGGAACACGAGGAGGAGAUGGAGGAGAUCAAACAGGAGAUUCUCUCGUUAUCUGCCAAGUAUUCCUCCAAAUGCGUGGAGUCCGCGGCUCUGGAGGAAAAAGUGGGUUCUCUCACGAAACAGCUAGCUCAAGCGCAACAGCACAUCAUGCAACUGGACGCACGAAAUAAACAGCUGAGAGCUCAUUUGGUAUUGGACACGAACGAUGGUGCUAUCAACGACACCGUGCAAAUGUUGAGGGGCAAAGAAAACGACAUAGCCGAACCAAGAGAGGAUCUCUACAAAUUGCAGCAAUUGAAGCAUGGGGACGGCCCUCGUGAUACGUCCGGUGUGCCAUCGAAAUCGACAGGCUACUCGCCGCCUUAUUCGCCGCACCGUGUCCGGAGUAGUCACGAGCCGCUGGCACGAGCGAGUAGCGAGGAGCAGAGAUUGACGGGCGAACGGCCGAAAAGCUCGCUGUCCACGUUGCAAAAGAGCACGCCGGACAAGCCGGCCGCGUUCUCCUACAAGCUCGAACGCAUUAAGUCGGUGUCGUUGCCUUACUCGAGUAACUUGGUUAGGCCGGGCGGUAAUUCUGGCGGCGUUCAGUCGCACGAUAGGAAAGAGACGGCGAGCUUAGGGCAAAAGGGCCAAGAGCGUAACGGUCUGGCCUCGCCUCUGUGGGACAGCUUGAGACCAAGGAGCGGACUGCCCCAUCAGUAUCAAGGUACAGAAGAAAGGUGAAAACGGAAGCGGCGGUCGAGACACCUCCACUGCCGGUGGAUCGUUGCUCUUUCAAUCCUCCUCGAACACUCGUCUCUGCUUCUCUGAAACUUGCAUUCAUUCUCGAGCUCGGACAGGAUAGCGUUGAUUCUGUCGUACGUUGCUUCUCUGUCGAUUGUAUUGGGUUGUUUCAACAAUUCGACGAAUACUUACGCUGACGUUCUAGUAAAAUAUAAGUUGGUGCUAUGCGGCGUUUGAAAUAAUUUUGUAAUUGCAAAUUAUUUUUCAUCAAGAUUUCUAUUUUGUCAAUUUACUAGCGAGUGCGUUAGAGUUCCCUAGAAAAAAUAGCAAAAGUAUGAAAUGUAAGGAAGGUCAUCAUCUGUACCGCCAUUUUUUCUACGGAGUUCACGACGCUCGUUGCCGCCAUUUUUGUAUCCGUAGCAGCUUUACAGUUCCGAUAACAGAACUCGAAUUCUGCGAUCAACCCAAUACUUGAUAGACGAUGUCUUGAAUGAACUAUCGUUCGAGAUCCAGCCAACUGUAGAGCAUGCAUUUCGCGAGGAUCCACUGUGCUGUUUAUUCUAACAACGAAAAGUAGUGCUCGUCAGUUCGUUGUUAUUUAAGGAGAGAGAAAAGGAAAAUGUAAGACUAACUAACGGGUGCUUUGUACUAGAAAUUAACUGCUUCGAUUGUUAGCGUCAAACGAUCUCGUGUUUUUCAUUGCAAUCGGCAUGGAACGUAUUUGUUGUGCAAUCAUUUUGUUAAUUACAUGUGUACACGCGUCGAUUACGUUCAAAACGUUCGCGCGAGUGUUUCGAUUCGGUUCCCUUCGACGAACUGGGGUCGCUGGUGACCCUUUUUGUAUACCGUUUAGAAAAAGAAAGCUUAAUGUAAGGUGUCGAAUCGAGAGCUUAAAAACCUAAUUAAUCAUAUCGUUAGUAACACGCAUAAUCGCGAUACUCGGAUAGUUAAACUUGGCUAUAAGCUAACAUGGGAAACGUAUUUUUCAUGGUGUAUGUGCAACAACGCAAAGUAACCUUGCCUUUCUGUGAGUGUGAUUUUGUACUCGUUGAAUGUCUAAUCUGUACGCAUAAUCUUCAACAUUUUUAUUAACAUGGGAGCUGCGCAGAAAUCCAACCCUUUCUAACGCAACCUACAGACAUUUGUUAGAUCAGAAACCUUUUGUACCGAACCUUUUGCACUUUUUUACGGAGAAACUAUUUUUGCAAUAUGUACACUGUUAGUCGAACAUCGAACUCUGAUGCUGAUUUCUGCGCAUUUCCAAACAGCAACAACAUACUGUAACGCGAGUAUAAUUGUAAGAAUAACGUCGCUUAACUGUUGGGAACAUAUUAGGUGUGUAAGGUAUUAGUCUUUUAUUAUGAUCAUUAUGUCAGUUAGGAAAUUAAGUUAUGUCGGUGGCAGUGUAAUGAUAACAAAAUGGACGCAACUUAAGCUAAGAUGACUUUUGGAAUAUUUUUUCAUUUAGAAACAAAAUGUUCCUUCGAGCUAGAUCGCAAUAGUUAACGUUCAGAAAUCCAUCUUUAUAAGAAUUCAAAGACUGAAGCAUCGACUGUCGAGAAAUUAUUUUCAAAAUAGAUAUUGUCUAGUUCAGUGAUGAACAAACAACUUCGAUUCAAUAAUUUUCAAAUUUUUAGCAAGUAUUCAUUUAUAUAAAUUAUGACAAUUUGCAAAAUCUCAUCGUGACACAAUAUGUCCAUCACUGGUCUAGUAGAACUUAAUAUCCAUGGUCAUCUUACCGAGAGAAUCGAUAAAUUAAAUUGUUCCGGAACGAUCGCUUAUGAAAAGAAAUGGAAACGAAGCAAGAUAAUCGUAUUUCGCCAAUUAUUUGACACGAAAGGUGGCACAGCAGAGAUGCGAGUCGACAGCGCUGGCAGCCGGUGGCAGGACAACCACAAAAAUGAAAAGCAGCAACAACACUCGGAGACAUUCC